AUGGCCCGCCUCGGCCUCUGGCACUUUCCGCCGCUGAUGCUCCUCCUCCUCCUCCUCCUCGGCCUCUUCCUCGACGCGGCGGCCGCGGCGGGGAAGGGGAAGAAGUGGGGCGGUGACGGCGGGGGGCUGCGGUUCCGGCGGGAGGGCGGCACGUUCAAGGUGCUGCAGGUGGCGGACAUGCACUACGCCGACGGACGGAGCACCGGGUGCGAGGACGUGCUGCCCGAGCAGGUCGCCGGCUGCUCCGACCUCAACACCACCGCCUUCCUCUACCGCGUCCUCCGCGCCGAGGACCCCGACCUCGUCGUCUUCACAGGCGAUAACAUAUACGGCGCAGAUUCAACCGACGCGGCCAAGUCGAUGGAUGCAGCCAUCGCCCCGGCAAUCGCCAUGAACAUUCCCUGGGCUGCUGUGCUCGGCAACCAUGACCAGGAGGGCACCCUGUCGCGGGAGGGCGUGAUGCGCCACCUUGUAGGCAUGAAGAAAACCCUGUCACGCUUCAACCCUGAAGGAGUAGAGAUCGACGGCUUCGGUAAUUAUAACCUCGAAGUUGGUGGGGUUGAAGGAACACAGCUGGCUAACAAAUCAGUGCUCAACCUGUAUUUUCUCGACAGUGGUGACCGUUCUACUGUAUGGUGGAUCCCUGGUUAUGGUUGGAUCAAGGCUUCACAGCAAGCUUGGUUCAAGCAAACCUCCUUGAGUCUGCAGAAAAACUACAGGAAUGAAGAACCCAGACAGAAGGAGCCAGCACCUGCUCUUGCAUACUUCCACAUUCCAUUGCCGGAGUUCAGCAGCUUCACAGCGUCUGAUUUCACAGGAGUGAAGCAGGAGAGUAUCAGCUCGCCAUCAAUCAACUCCGGUUUCUUUACCACGAUGGUGGAAGCUGGAGAUGUGAAGGCUGCCUUCAUAGGACAUGAUCACGUAAAUGACUUCUGCGGGAAGCUCACCGGUAUUCAGCUCUGUUAUGCCGGUGGCUUGGGUUACCAUGCGUACGUGAAGGCUGGGUGGUCGAGGAGAGCAAGGGUGGUGUCCGUGCAGCUCGAGAAGACGGUGAGCGGUGAGUGGCAAGGAGUGAAGUCUAUCAAGACAUGGAAGAGGCUUGAUGAUGAACACCUCACCACGAUUGACUCCGAGGUCCUGUGGAACAGAGGCUCUAAUGAUAGUUAUGAAAUUGCUAUACCGAUUGAAUGGACAUACAUUUUCAGAACCGCAACUUAUCUAAGUGUCGCCAAUUGUCAGGGAGGCGCAGGAAGGAUCAUGACAGAAGCUGAGUUCAGGAUGGGGACAGCGAGUGAUGCGUCCUACUCCUACCUCUGCACAUCAUGUGUGCUGUUGGUUUUUAGCAUUGUAAUUGUUCGCAUCAAGAAAGAACAAGAUGCAUUAUCAAAUGUCACUCUCUGCAAAUGGGCUUGGAUGUCGAAAGAAAAGGUGUGCAAUGUUUGUGCAGUAUGGGCCUUACCGCUGUAA